AUGGACCAGAAAUCUGUAACUGCACUUAUACUAUUAGAUUUAUCGAAGGCAUUUGAUAGCGUACAUCACCCAACAUUGCUUAACAAGCUAAGACACAUUGGCGCAUCUCCUGAGGUAGUGAAGUGGUUCGAAAGCUACUUAACGGGCAGAUCACAAUUUGUCCGUAUUGGAACGUCUGUUUCGUCAUCUCUUAACAUCACUCACGGGGUUCCACAGGGUGCUAUUUUAUCUCCACUCUUGUUUAGCAUCUAUGUAAACGAGUUACCACUGGCCCCACGUCACAGCUCCCUUAAUUCAUAUGUUGAUGAUUCAAAGAUGUUCUUGUCAUUUCGUGUUAAUGACGCGACUGACACAAAAGAGUACCUUCAGGCAGAUCUGAGCCGAGUAGCAAAAUGCUGCUCUGAACUUCAUCUACUUAUUAACCCGAAGAAAACCAAGUAUUUACUUAUCGGAACACGACAACAGUUACAAAAUCUCCCUACAGAUAUGUGCCUAAAUUUUCUAGGUGAAACUAUCAGGCCAGUUCCUUCAGCCAAGGAUUUAUGA